UCCAUCUGCCAAGAGAGCAUUUCGCUGAUACAAUACAAGCAAUCAAAUGUUUACAAUUAGAUUCAUUCCUUUCGCUCUUUGCGUUGCUGUUUUCACUAUUGCACUCGUGCUUAACGAUGCGGAAGCCAAUCCCCAAAUCGAUCUUCUCGGUGGAUAUGACAUCAUCGGAGUUUGCAUCAACAACUGCGCCCAGUGCAAAAAGAUGUUCGGCGAGUUCUUCGAGGGCCAUCUGUGCGCCGAGGCGUGCAUUCAGUUCAAAGGAAAAAUGGUGCCGGACUGCGAGGACAUCAACUCGAUUGCUCCGUUCCUGAACAAGCUGAACUAGGAGGAUUUUUGUACUCUGUAUUGCCUUCAAGUGCACUCGAAACGCCACUCGACACUCGCAGUCCCAAUGUUACCUUAUGUGUGUGUUUAUAUUGAUAUAUAAUUGUAAUUCAAACAACAAGCAAAAUGCUACCUUUUUAGAAGCUCACAAAUAAACCC